UGAUAGUUAUGAAUGAUGUGUUCAGUUUUCAGAAAAGCGAUGUAGGUUUUAAAAAAAUCUUAAGAACGAGAGAAGGGCUUUCAUACCUUGCACGAAUGAAAAAACUCUCCAAAUAGUUAAUUUCUUCUAGAAAUUUAACGCAUUAUUCAUAACUAUCAAAGGAAAUUAAAUUCUCUUCGGUUCCUUUUUCAUAUUUCACAUUUAUGUCAUGUUUUAUAUAGAACUGGAUGAUUUCAAGAGUUAUUAACGUAUGGUGGAGAAUUGCUCAGGUGUGUCAGAAAUAGAAGGUGAUAGAAAGACAAUUUUUCACUUGAUAUCAAAAGUUCUUAACAAUCACUAGAAGACCAGUUGUGAUUGCUGAUCAUAUAUUUUCAGUAAUUUUCAGCUUACAUCUCCAGAAACGAGGAAGACUCGAUUGUUGAAGAAAUAAGUAAAUUUGUGCCAUUGAUAUAUACAGCGAGUAUUAUUAAAGUAAUAAAUAUUCAUGAUUUUUACUUAAUAAAAAAUAUUUUCCUUUAACUAUUUAAACAGCAACAAGAAUAGUGUCGUGAUCGAGAUAAAUUAGUGUAUGUUUGAACCUGACAAGAAAAUAUGAUGGCCUCAGUAAAUUUCUAUUCGAUAAGAAUCGAAAUUGAUAGAAUACAGAUCCCUCAGAGAAAUUUGUGUUAUCAGUUGCAUAUUCAUCAGAAACUGUGGAAAAAGAGACGUUUUCUAAACAUCCAUUUUCUUCAAUUGCAUUCACCACUUAAACAAGCUAUUGAGAACAUUGUUCUUGCUCUUCUUGUUUUUGUUAGAAUGGAUUAGACUCUCUUUCUCUCUCAUAUAUAUUAUUCACACUCAUAGAUAAUUAAAUGUGGAAAAAGAUCUCAUAUCGUUAAUACCGUAAUAGCUAAUAAAUUACACACACGCUUUUCUUCAUUAGUACCAUCUUGACCUUGAUUCUAAUUGUGCCCUAUUAAACAGGAAGGAAAGCCAAAUGAAGUUUAUUUUCCUAUCUGUGAAUAACAUUUUACACGUAUGAUGUAAUGAAAUAGAUUAUGCAAGUAGUUAUAACAUUUAACAUGUAAACAGAUGUGAAUUGUGUAUCACAUAUAUAUAACAGUACAUUUCGUGUGGUAGUUGUUUGUAUAGACGAGUAUAUGUGUUAGUAACAACUAAUCGAGAAUCAAAACUCAAAAACGUAUUUAUCGAAUAAUCGUCAGUCUAAGAGAUUAUUGUACAAAAUGCGCAGGUACGACUUUUCAUACCCAUUCUUUGUAUGGCAGACUUUUGGAUGAGAUAUACCGCCGUUGUCUCGAUUAGAUUAGUGAUUUGACUGGUGAUUAUCUGUCAGGUUUAAGUCUUACCAUCAAAAUUAUUGGGAAUAACUAUGACACUGUCUAUGUCUAUCUUCUUGUUUAUUAUUGUGACAUUUCUGCGUACGAAAUCUAGACUAGAUGCUAAAAUCGUCUACUAAGCAGAUAUAGAUAAUUUAACAAACAAGAAUGCUUUGAGUCAAGAGAAAACAGUAGUACGCAGAACUGGUGAGAUUGAAAUUAUAUUGUAUAAAAAGUAUGAUUAUCAAAUCAAUGACAAGAUUGAUCAUUCAAAUCUUUUUUUCAAUUGUUCUGAUUCAAUUUGAUAAUAAAAUUUGUUUUCAAUUCUUUUACACUUUUUUGCUCUAUUCUAGGCUUAUAGUGUGACAGAUUUAAAAUAUGUUGAAGAACAUGAUUUUCUUCAAAUUGGUCUUUCAAAAUUACAAUUUAAAAAAAUGAAACGAUAUUUAGCAAAUGAAAAAAAUGGUGGUGGUGGUGGCAGCAGCGGCGGCGGCGGAACAUUUUCAACAUUAGGCAAAUUAGCUAAAAAAAUAGCUCUACGUUCAGAUAGCUCGUUAACAACUCAGAGCACAACAAAUUUGCAUAAUAAUAAUAAUAAUAAUAGAUUUCAUGUACAUGGAAACGAUUUCUCUAAAAUUAAACUAAAACGUCAACAAUCACUGAUUAAUGAUUCAAUGGAAUCAUCAUUCUCGUCUCAUUUCUUGAAAAAUAUUAUAUCGCCUAAUCAAAUAGAAAUAAUUAAACAACUAGGUGAAGGUGAAUUUGGAACGGUAUCAAAAGCAUUUUGGAGAACGAAACAAAAUGAAUUGUUGACUGUUGUAGUUAAAAGUUUACGUAAAGAAAAACUAAAACAAUAUAGUACUGAUGAAGUAUUGAAAGAAGUAUCAAUAAUACAAGAUAUUGUUCAUAAAAAUAUUGUACAAUUUUUUGGCGUUGUUAUCAUACAUGAUGGAACAUAUAUGCUAGUCACUGAGUAUGCUCCAUUUCGUUCAUUAUACGAAUGUCUCAUUUCAUCUAAAGCCAAAAUCGAAUAUUCUAUUCAAAUAUUACUCGAUUAUUCACGACAAAUUGUCUCGGCAAUGGCUUAUUUGGAAAAAAAUAAUUUUAUUCAUCGUGAUUUAGCAUGUCGAAAUUUUCUUGUAUUCAAUAAAACACUGAUUAAAAUUAACGAUUUUGGUUUGUGUCGAUUAUGUCGGACAGAAAAAGAUUAUUAUAAAACAUGUUAUAAAAAUACAUUACGUCUGCCAAUUGCCUGGAUGUCACCUGAAACAAUUAAUUAUUCAAAAUUUACAACAGCAAGUGAUGUUUUUUCAUUUGGAGUAUGCCUGUGGGAAAUGUUUUCGUAUGGAGAAAUACCCUGGAAAGGGAUGACAAGUACUGAAAUUUUGCACACAAUUGAUACACCGAAUCAUCAACGAUUAGCAAGACCUCUAUAUUCUACACCAGAAAUUUAUGACGUUAUGUUGGCAUGUUGGACAUAUGAACCAGAAAAACGUCCAUCCUUUUUACAACUACAAAAAACUCUUUUUGAUAUUGAUUUCAAACAAGUUCGAUGGAAAGAGAAAAAAAAAUAUACACGAACAUUACCAAGUGAUUUUUUAUCAUAUGAAUGUAGUACUGGUGGUUUAUUCACAAUCAUCGAUCGAUGUUUAACAGUACCAUUAUCUUCGACAACUAGAACAUCGGUUGACAACACCAUAAAUAAUUAUAUUCAAUGUGUAACAUCAAAUGGACAAAUUGGCUAUAUUUAUAGUGAUUACGUUGAACCUGUGCAUGUUAUUCAAUUAAAUCGGCAAACAUCGGCGUCUUCUUCAGUAUCAACAACAAUGAAUGGGUUUUUUAAAAAAACAACAGAUACAAAAAAGAAUUCUACAAAAAAAUCUAAACAAAUUUCAAAAGAAAUGAUUGGAUUACCGCAAGCAGACUUUAUACACGCAUUUCACAUUGGAGUAUCAGGUGAUACUUUUGGUGACGUGGCUUGUCUGAGCGGAGCAAAUACAGAAAUUGCAAAAACAACAGCAGCUAAAAAUCCUUCGCCAACUUCAUCGGUGAUUAAUGAAUUAGCGUCCAAGAGUGUACCAGCAUGUUCGAUUCUUCAGUCAUCUUUGCCAGAUUAUUGCAAACAAUCAUCAUGUACAAUUAGUAAAACACUUAGUUCCAGUAUUGAUAACAUUGACAAAAUGUCAAACGAAUCAGAAGAAGAAAAAAAGGAAAUGAUUGUCGAAAAGUCAUCACCAAAUGCUCAAUCACUGCUUGAUGAAGUUAUGCAAGCAUUCAGUGAAAUUUACGUCGAUGAUAAAAAAAUUCAUUCAACCACAAAUGAAGAAGCAGUGCUCUCUAAAGUAACUGAUAUGAGUAAUAAUAUUGUUGUGACAAAUGGUCUUCCUCCUCGACCACCAGCCAAACCAUUUCGAACUGACCAACAGCAAGAACAAACAACGUUUAAUUUUAAACUUGGCCACAUUUCUUCAGCAGAAUCGAUGCACAUCACAGACCAUGUUGUCAGCGAAGAAGCCAAAAAUGCAUAUGAUCUGCUUAUCAAUGGCUAUCGGUCCGUAUCACCAACAAGUCUCACACACUCUUGUCAUCCAGAUUCAUCUACACCACUUUUAUUACGUUCGCGUUGUACAAGCAGCGAUUCUGAACACCAUCAACAGCAAGGAAUAACACCAGAUAUUCCACAUGAAACUCAUCAUCAUCAUCCUGCGGCAAUCUUAUUCGGUUCCUCUUCCUCCUCGUCGAGUAUAUCCUUAUCUACAACAAGUUCAUCGCGUUUACAAAAUGAUUCAAAAAAUGUGUCGUCGAUAUCUAAUUCAUCCUCAUCUUCGGCUAACGUUGCAUCUACACGUAGUUAUAACUACAACGAUCGUAACUCACAUUAUUCAGCCACAUCAACAGAUAAUGAUAUCAGUAUUGAUCUUCAAAAUGGUGAACAUCACAUAUCACCUCAACACAAGAGUACAAAUCAUCCAUUAUUUAUAGCAACAGGUGGAGGAAGUAUCAAAACACAAUUAGCCGUUUCAACUGAAACAAGAGAUAAUUGUUCGGCAUCGCCUCUUAGACUUUUUCGAUCCGGUGUUGCUCCAUCAUUAUUACCUAAGCCAAUUCGACAACAACAACAACAACAACAAUCGUCUUCUUUAUUGCAAGCACCAACGUCUGAUGGAUCUCAAUUACACACUCCGUCGUCAUCAAACUCAAAUACAUUAGAUAACUCGUAUAACCACAAUGAUUCGAAUCUUAUUCUAGUCGAAGACAAUGUAUCACUUUCGAACUCCAGUACAAAUGCACAUUCGUUGCCGUCGUCACAGAAAAAUCAUCCGACUACGACGACUAUUUCUAUUGUAGAUAGCACCGGACAACAACUGCCACCUCCCCCGGAUCUUUCCUCACUUGGCAGUAAAUUAACCACAGCUACAACAUUACGCACACUUAAGUUACCAUUAUCAAUUGUACAAACGACCCCAAUGAAUCAUUAUCGAACAAAAAAACGCUUCAAUUUAUUUGCGUCAUAG